GCCAACCAAUCACACAACUCCAACAUGCGCACGACCAUCUUCUUUGCGGCUUUGAUCGCUGCCGUCGCGGCCCAAACCACCAAGCCCGUCACCACCGUUCUGGCGACCACCACGCCCAAGCCCAACGUCACCACCACCGUCAAGCCCGUCAACACCACCACCACUGCCAAGCCUGUGACCACCACCGCCGCAAAGCCUACCACCACCGCCCGUCGCUUCAACGUGUCUGUGGUGGGCGACGCCACGUACAACAUUGCUGGCCCCAUCUGCAGCGGCAGCGGCCUCGUGCCUGCGGGCACCAACUGCCCCGUCAAGGGCGACAAGGCGGUGGCGAGCUGCUUCCCCCACUUAAAGACGUACUCGAACCGCACGUGCACCGCUGGUAUCAACUCGGUAUGCCGCAAGAUCCCGUCGGGGGCUUGGGGCUGUGUGUGGAACGUGACUGUGCCCACCGGCACCACGUGGAAGCCUACGUCGGUGGUCCCCACCACGACCAAGGCUACCACUGUUGCCCCCAAGCCUAACACGACCAAGGCGACCACCGCUGCCCCUACCACGACCAAGGCGACCACCACCGCCCCUACCACGACCAAGCCCGUCGUGAAGGCCGUCACCGCUGCCCCCACCACCACGGUCAAGGUGAACGUGACCACUGCCAAGCCCAACACGACCAUUGUCAAGCCCAACGCGACCACUGCCAAGCCCAACACGACCACCGUCAAGCCUGUGACCACCACCGCCGCUAAGCCCACCACCACCGCUCGUCGUUUCGACGUGUCUGUGGUGGGCGACGCCACGUACAACAUUGCUGGCCCCAUCUGCAGCGGCAGCGGCCUCGUGCCUGCCGGCACCAAGUGCCCCGUCAAGGGCGACAAGGCGGUGGCCAGCUGCCACAAGGGCUUGAAGACGUUUGCGAACAGCACGUGCGUCGCCCCUGUGAACUCGGUAUGCCAAAAGAUCCCGUCGGGCGCGUGGGGCUGCGUGUGGAACUCCACCGCGACCAACGCUACCAUUGUCAAGCCCACGACCACCGGCACGAUCGUCAAGCCCACGACUACCAAGGCCACCACCACCACGGCCAAGCCCACCACCACGGCCGCCGUCACCACCAAGAAGCCUUAAACAGCUGAUCGGUCAUGGAUCUCUCUACAUUUGAAGAAAAUGUACCUUGCACGUAGUAGUAGUACAGACGAAUAGUUAAGCGCAUGGAAGAUAUAAGUACGUACGAUCAUGUG